AUGUCGUCAAGAUUGCAAGCACAAUCUAUACUUUCUAAGAAGAGGAGCAGGAGCAAGACAGCAUCAAAAGGCAAAGAUAAAAGGAUCCGGGAUUUAUACAGAUCUUUAGGAUUUUACCCUGUUGCUGACUCGGAGUUAAAGAAGAAGAUCAGCGUCUUCACGAAAUCUUUAAACAUUACACCAUUAAAAGUCAUGUCGAAGGAGCACCCGGAGGCGCAAAAAUUGGCAGAAUCCUUUUGUGCAGACAAGGAAACAGUUCAAUUUCUAUGGCCAGAUGUUGGAGCUAGCAAUCAUCGUCGCCGACUUGUUUGGGAAAAUGAUAAGAUGAAAAUUUUGAAGUUACUUACCCACAUUUUUGCAUUGAAGAUGCACUACUUUUUCAGAAAUCUUCGGCAAAAGGAAGCACCACAAAACACUCUGGGCGGUGGACGAGACCUAGAUUCCGACGACGAACCCUUGGUCACUCUGGGGCAUCAAGGUCUAUCAAUGCGAAAUCAACACCUAAAGGCUGGCCAAGAAUGUUCAAAAGCUGGCAAAUUUUCUAGUACUAUCGCUGGAUCUCCAGCAAUGAGCUCGAACAGGCGAAACAUUGACGAGAGUAAACUGAGAGAACUGAAGAAUACCAGUCAUCGAGAAAAAUGCAGCGCUCAUAUAAGGCACAUAAAGCCAAUAGAUGACAAGAAGAUGAUGGCUGAAUUUAUUUCGCCACAAUGGUUGGAAAAUGAGGAAUUCUCCUGGGUAGCCCCAGGAGGCCUUGAGCCUGAUUCAUAUAUUUUCAGAUUUAUGCAUGGAUUCUUGUAUUACAAUUCAGAUCAGAACAUGAGUCUGAUGAAUUUUGUUCGCCUCUUCAAGAACGAGCCAGUAAUUGCAAACAAGAUACAUUACAAGACGUUAAAAGGUCGUCUCCAAACCCGGGUAGGAGAGUUGGCUGAUGCAUUACUUGGUGAGAGAUUAUUGUUCCGCAAUCGCAGUAGCAACAAAAUAUCACGAACACAGGAAUUGGACGCAGCUUGGGAUCAGAGAUUGACCAUUUGGGACCAGCCUUCCGAGGAAGCCAGGGAAGAGGUCGAGUCAUCAACCACACAACGUCGAGAUGUUUACGAAAUGUCUGUGUCUCCAGAUCGCAAUGAGUUUACAACCAAAUGCCAACAACGCUCGUCAAAUCCCAAAGUUCCGAUGGAUCUAUCACGAAAAAGAACUUUCCAAUCAACAUCACUGAGUGGUUAUGCGGAUGAAGAAACUACCGCAGCAAAGCGUCGAAGACUUUCAACAUUCAAUCAAGAUCAAUCUUCCAUCAUGAAGGAAAAAGACAAAGGGGUAGAUGGAGGUCAAAGUAACUCGAACGAGAUAUCUCAAGGCGAAAUAGGCAUUAUGCAGCGUCAUAGCUCAUAUCAGUUUGGGAGAACUUCUCAAUUUCUUGAAGACGAUUUGGCACAUGCCACGGCAACAAAAACUCCCACUACCAUGUGCAAUCCUGAGAUGAGCAACUCCAAGUUGAAUUUGACGGGACCAAUCAGUACUACAGCUAUAGUAAGCGGAGCUACAAUCAAACCAGAUCCCAAUCCAGCUUUAAAUCCGCGCAGCGGAUUCCUGUCAUCCCACUCAGCAUUUUCCAAUCGUUUUCCCUUACAAUCUCGACCAGUCUCCACAGACCCUAGGCUCUCUCCGCUGUUCACUACACCACUUCAACCCAUAACUCAAAUGGCAGGCGAGCCAGCAUCCGAGGAUGAUCUUCCACUUGCCACUUUCUCGAACGACAUAAACUUCAUUUUUCUGUCGAAGCAAAACUUCGACUAUGAGAAUCCUCUGAAAGUCAAUAUCAAAAACCUCGAGGAUUUUUCGCUAUCAUCCUUUAUUUCGCUUUUUGCUCAGAGGUCAGGUGUCGAUAUCCAUAAAGUUGACGGGUUGAAAUUCACAAUUAUACUAGGUGAUGAUCGGCUGGAGAAAGUGAUGAAGGGAGAUGAGAGAAAGUGGGAGAAUAUAGUAGAGAUUAUCAGAGAUCUGUGGAAGUAUAGUAAGAUACAAUGGCUUAAUGGUACGAAGUUGAAGAGCAGGGUCUGUAGGAUAUUGACUGAGAGGAUACACACUCGAGCAUUGUAA